AUGGCACAUCUCACUGACUUGCAAUGCUCUGCUCUUCAGAGUGCUCAAAUACUUCUAGAUAAUGUUGGUCUUUCUCCACAUGACCUUGAUUCCACGUUGCCACUACCAUCUCUGAGUCACUCUCCAACACCCAGUAUCUUGGAACAAUCCACUCAAAGUUCUUCCAGCCUUAGCUCACCUCCCUCAUCUUCCACCAGCCCUUGCUUGACUGUUCUUGGUGCUUGCUACAACCCGCCUGCAGCCCAACCUUUCAUUCCAGAUGAUUGGCUGCACAAAUGUCACCAUUUCACUCGAAAAAGUACUGCACAUGCAUCUAUCGAGCAUCCUCUUGGUGCUAUUGUGGAAUAUCCUCAAACCGGUGAUGCUCCUGAUCAGUCAAUUGCACAUAUCUUCAACAUCAAUCCCUCUACCUUUCACAGUUCUCAGCACCCCAAGGCCAAUUUUCAAUACUCGUUGGGUGAUGUACAUGGAGGUUGUGAUGUGUCUAAAUGUCUCAUGCUGCGAGAUGGUCAAGGACAACCAGUAUCCUGUUCUAACCUCAAGACAUAUUGCAAAGGGCUCAAAAUUUGCUCUGCACGACCACACGACACAACAACUCAUCAUUUCACCAAUAUUUUAGAGGUCUCUUCUUUGAUUAUUGCUACCACUACUGCAGCGAAAUCUGUAAACAAUGCUGAGAAGGAGGUUUUUCAGAAGACUUUCGCUUUUUUUGUUGCUCUUAACCAACAUGGGUGCACAUUUGAUGCUGAGCUCAACUCUGACACUUCUGAGAAUCAUGAUGUGACAGAUAUCACCAAUGAUACUGCUGAUGAUACUGAGGAUGGCCUCACACCUGAUCAGUAUCUUGACAAAGCUACACUCAACUCUGACCUUGAUUAUGAGUGCUCACCUUUGAGUUGA